AAAAAAAAAGCUCUUUAAAAAACAAGUGUCUCUAUUACCACCACGUACGUCCACUAUCAAUUUCCCAAGAAGUGAUAAUAAUAGAACUUGGUCUACCUAAAAUCAUCGAUAUCAUCAUAACGUUUAAGAGUUUGGUAAGAUCAUCUUUCUUGUGACAUGGAAGAAGCUUCAAGGGCAGAGAAAUGGCAAGCCAAAGUAUCAGUUACUCUCACAAAGGCAAAAGCUGACCAAAUCUGGCUUCUCUUCACUGACUUCUUCAAUCUCCACAAGUGGCUUCCGACGUUAGGCACGUGUCACGGCGUCCACGGCAACAACGGUGAACCCGGCUGCAUAAGAUUCUGCUCUGGCUCCUCCAUAAGAUCCAGUGACCUUGUGUCCGCGGCCGGAUGGUCGAAGGAGAAGCUUGUGGCCGUUGAUCCUGUGGAGCGUGUGAUGAGAUAUGAGAUAGUGGAGAGUAACAUUGGAUUUGAGUCAUACGUUUCGACGGUGAAGAUAUCGCCACGUGGUAAAGUUGGAGACGUCGAUGGUUGUGUUGUUGAUUGGAGUUUCACCGUUGAUCCUGUGAGAGGAAUGUCUCUAGAUGGUUUGGUGAACAAGUAUGAGAAAGCACUUGGGGUAAUCACCAAGAACAUGGAGGAGAGUCUUCUUUGAAUAGUCGUUCAUAAGAGUUAAUAGCAAAUAUGUUUUUAGCAAAUAAGAUUGUGUUGAAUUUUUAACAAAACCCAUAUAAUUUGGGGUUAAAUUAAAAAAAUAUAUGGCACAUGUAUGAGUUCAGUAACCAAAGAGUAGGUGCUCAAUUUUGGUUAAACCAUUAUAUGGUGGUCUAUAAUGUGCAUCAAUGUAAGGUGUUUAAUUGUGAUUA